UAACUAAAUAUUUGUUUUUUUAGACAGUUGGUAUCAGUUGGUUUCAACUGAAAGCAUCACACAUCUAUAUAAUCCCCUUUCUGACUCCAAAAGAUUACGUCGCUCACAAGAAAGAGUUCAUCAUCUAUUAUCACUCUCUUUUCUCUUUACCUCAAGUUUUACAAUCAUAGCGAACACUAUGAGUACCUCAGGAGUAGAACAAGGUGUUGCGGUUGCGGACUCUGAGCCGCCGAGGGGAAAUAGAAGCCGAUUUGCUUUUGCUUGUGCAAUCUUAGCCUCCAUGACUUCUAUCAUCCUUGGUUAUGACAUUGGAGUGAUGAGUGGAGCUGCAAUUUUCAUUAAAGAUGAUUUGAAACUUUCGGACGUACAGCUUGAGAUUCUUAUGGGAAUCCUAAACAUCUACUCUCUGAUCGGUUCAGGCGCGGCCGGUAGAACUUCCGAUUGGAUCGGAAGACGAUACACUAUAGUGUUGGCAGGAGCCUUCUUCUUCAUUGGCGCCCUUCUUAUGGGUUUUGCUACAAACUAUCCUUUCAUUAUGGCCGGACGUUUCGUAGCUGGUAUAGGUGUCGGUUAUGCUAUGAUGAUUGCACCGGUUUACACCGCUGAAGUUGCUCCUGCCUCUUCUCGUGGCUUCCUCAGCUCUUUCCCUGAGAUAUUUAUCAACAUUGGUAUACUGUUGGGAUACGUAUCGAAUUACUUCUUUGCCAAGCUUCCCGAGCAUCUCGGAUGGAGGUUCAUGUUAGGUAUUGGAGCGGUUCCCUCCGUGUUCCUCGCUAUCGGAGUGUUGGCAAUGCCGGAGUCUCCACGGUGGCUCGUCCUCCAAGGUCGUCUCGGGGAUGCUUUCAAAGUCCUCGACAAAACCUCAAACACCAAAGCAGAAGCCAUCUCGAGGCUCGAAGACAUCAAACGCGCUGCUGGAAUCCCUGAGGACAUGACAGACGAUGUUAUAAUCGUUUCUAACCAGAAAACCGCCGGGAAAGGCGUGUGGAAAGACCUCAUCGUCCGACCAACCCCUUCCGUCCGACAUAUCCUCAUAGCAUGCCUUGGCGUCCAUUUCUUCCAGCAAGCUUCAGGAAUCGAUGCGGUUGUGCUUUACUCUCCGACCAUCUUCUCAAAGGCUGGAUUGAAGUCCAAGAACGACCAGCUUUUGGCUACGGUCGCUGUAGGAGUUGUCAAGACGCUCUUCAUCGUGGUAGGGACUUGUGUAGUCGACAGGUUUGGACGUCGUGCCUUGUUGCUCACGAGUAUGGGCGGAAUGUUUGUUUCCUUGACCGCUCUCGGGACUAGUCUCACAGUGAUAGAUAGGAACCCAGGGAAGACGCUCAAGGGAGCUAUUGGGCUUAGCGUUACGACAGUGAUGACGUUUGUGGCAACAUUCUCAAUAGGUGCAGGCCCAGUGACGUGGGUCUACUGCUCGGAGAUAUUCCCCGUGAGGCUAAGAGCUCAAGGAGCAAGUUUGGGAGUGAUGUUGAAUAGAUUGAUGAGUGGUAUUAUCGGAAUGACAUUCUUAUCUCUUUCUAAAGCUCUAACCAUCGGUGGUGCGUUCCUUCUUUUCGCCGGAGUUGCUGCCGCUGCAUGGGUCUUCUUCUUCACUUUCCUCCCGGAGACACGUGGUAUGCCUCUUGAGGAGAUGGAGAGCCUCUUUGGGAGCUACACCGCGAAAAAGAAGAAGAAUGUUGUGAGCAAAGGCAAAGAAGUUGUUGAUGAACAAUGAGAAUGAGAAGAGAAAAAUUGUUUCUGUUUCAUUGUUAUUUUGGUUCAGUGGAACGACGAUGCCAAAAGAGUUCCGAACUAAGUCUUCAUCCGGUGAUGGAAAUGUGUGAAUGAGACGAAUAAGAAGACUAAUAAGAAAUUUGACUGUCCGUGUCUUGUCGACCAGGUUGUACCUUUUUAAUAACUUGUUUGACAAGGAAACGUAAGAAACUUGAUCUGCAAGUUAAUUAAUAAAAU